GAAGUAUUACAUAAUUGACAGUACGUAGUAGGUGGGCAAGCUCAGCGCAAGGCCCCCACUAUUUCCCACUAUCCCAUAUCCACCGUCACCUCCACCCGUCGCCUCCACCACCGUCAAGCUCCCCAAAGCUCAACACCAAAUCCAAUCAACUAUCAUGAAGCCGUUACCACGACCAUAAUUCCCUGCCAAGGAUUUCCAACAUGGUAGUCCAGCAGCACGUACUAAAUUGGUUAUAUAGCGUUCUGACGAGCGAAUACCAAGAUGUUAAUCGUACAUAUAACGAUGUAGCCCAAGCGCUAUCCCAAUAUCCUUCAUUAUCACCGAGGACGGAUGUCCACACUUUCGACAACGGCGUGUCUGCUCUCCUCCUACACUUAUCCGGCACUAUUCCCGUCAUAUUCCGCGGCACCACCUACCGAUUUCCCAUAUCACUAUGGGUUCCCCAUACCUACCCGCGCGAGGCGCCUAUAGGCUAUGUCACGCCCACCGAGAAUAUGAUGGUGCGGCCGGGGCAACAUGUUGAUCCCCAGGGACGCAUAUAUCACCCUUAUCUUGUGGGAUGGGCUGAAUUCUGGGAUAAAUCCUCGCUGCUAGACUUUAUUGCCAUCCUUCGAGAUAUAUUCGCGAAAGAGCCUCCAGUAGUUUCACGCCAACAAGUUCGUCCCGUACCGCAGCAGGCCACUCCGACCCCUACCCCUCCGCCGGUACCUCCUUUACCUCCUGAUAUGUCAAGAGGGACACCCCAACUGGUCCCAUCUCCCCAUACGCCUGAUCCGAGGCCGCCACCUCCUCCUCCAAAAGACAGCGACCUCCCUCAGGUCGUGUCAGGCCCGACUACUCACACAGACGCUCCACCGAGACCACCUCUUCCAGAUGAUGUCCGUCGGCGGUCGAGUCAGUACGGUGCACCAGUAGCGACGACACAAUCCCCCCAGCCAAAUCGGCUCUCGAGAUAUGAUGCCGCUCCCCCCCUACCACCCCAUCCACCACAGGCGCAAUCCUAUCAACCACAACAGCAGCAGCAACCCCCUAAUGUUCAGUACCAGCCUCAGCCUCAGAUCCAACCCCAGCAACAUGCAUAUCAGCAAGGGGGACCACCACCACCGAUUGGACUCCCGCCGCAGGACUCCCGUCGCGCAUCUAUAAUAACUCCUAUCCCGUACAACGCCACCAUCGCUACAGGGCAGCCGCCAUACGCCGGUCCGCCUACAACUUGGCAGCAACCCCCGCCGCAGCAACCGCCAGCACAACCGAAGCUCAAGCCUCCUCCGCCUCCCGAUCUCAUGGACGAGCCCUUCUCCCUCGCCCUACCGUCUCCCUCGGCAAAUCAUCUCCCACCGCCCCCCAUCCCGCCGAACCCCGAAAAGGACGCCCUCCUCCGACAACUCGCCUCCACGCUCCACGGCCUGCGCCAGCGCGCCCGCGAGCAGAACGAGUCCUCCCUCGCCGGCCUCGCCGCCCAGCGCGCCGCCAUGCUCUCGGCCCUGCACAAGCUGCAGUCCGACGCCGCGGCCCUUGGCCCCCUCACCGCCAUGCUCGCCUCCAACACCUCCAUCCUCCAGCGCUCCCUCCAGGAGGCCGACGGCGUCGUCUCCCGCGCCCGCACCCGCGAACCCCCGCCCAUAGACGACCUGCUCGUCGCCCCCACCGUCGUCGCCAACCAGCUCUACGACGUGGUCGCCGAGGAGCGCGCCCUCGGCGACGCCAUCUUCGUCCUCGGGCGCGCCGUCGAGAGGGGCAGGAUAACCCCCGCCGUCUUCGCCAAGACCACCCGCGCCCUGGCGAGGGAGUGGUUCUUGAAGAAGGCCCUCGCGAGGAAGAUUGGGAAGGGGAUGGGGCUCGUUGGGUAGAGAUGUAGAGUGCCCCCCCUCCCCCUUAUUUUUUCCCCCGCUGUUAUUGGUAUGAACUUUGAGGAGGUUUGGACGUUAUGAAUGCGUUAGGAAUAACUUGGUGUAAGUAGGUAGCGAUAGUCUUAUGAGUAACCCUGGGUGUAGCCGACCUUACCUGACCUGCCACGCUUUUGCCAAUCAAAGACGUGGGCAGGAGAUAGUUAAUACAAAUCCAAUUGUUUACCUACCUAUUUUCCGACAUGUCUAACAUCAACCAAAGUCCAUAUUGUCAGAUGU